ACCUCCGCUGGUGUGUGAUAGGCAUUAAAACGCCGACGCAGCUUACCCCCGUUCGAGCGUAAAACUUAAAUUGGGUUGUUCUAAUUAAAUAAACCACCUAAUAUAAAACAGAAGUUUCGGUUAAAAUCCCACAAUCUCACAGUCCCCCCUGCUCUACUUCCUUUAUCUCGCUGUUCUUGUGGAGUUAGAUUUUUGGAUUUCAGAUUAGAAAUGUGAAUGAUUUUAAUUUGAUACAUUGGGGCACAAUAUAUAAUCAAAAUGGGGUUAUCAUCUGCGUUUGAUUCAAAGUCGGGACAACUGAUCUUAGUUGCGCUUCUUCUCAUGAUUGCAUCCUUCUAUACUGGUACCCUUUUCAGUUCUAAGUCAUCCAUUUUAGCCACUGAUUACUCCAUAUCUUCUUCUAACUCAUCUUCUACUCCUGGUGAUUCAGGUUUCUCAAACAAAGUUAUUCUAAGUUAUAGGGCUGCAAAACUUUCGAUACCUGAAACAGGGAUGAACAUAUGCCCAUUGAUCUACAAUGAAUAUAUCCCUUGCCACGACUCCUCUUAUAUAAAGGGCUUGCUACCCAAUUUAGACACUUCGAGAAGAGAAGAAUACGAAAGGCAUUGUCCUCCAUCUGAAAAGCGAUUGUUUUGCUUGGUGCCUCCUCCUGUAGAUUACAAAAUACCAAUAAGGUGGCCAACUAGUAGGGACUAUGUAUGGCGAAGCAAUGUGAAUCAUUCCCAUCUAGCUGAUGUUAAAGGAGGACAGAAUUGGGUACAUGAGAAAGACAAACUCUGGUGGUUCCCAGGUGGUGGUACUCAUUUUAAGCACGGGGCUCCUGAAUAUAUACAGAGAUUAGGAAACAUGACGACUAAUGAGACUGGUGAUCUUCGUUCGGCAGGAGUCUUUCAAGUCCUCGAUGUUGGUUGUGGGGUUGCCAGCUUCUCCGCGUAUUUACUUCCGUUAGAUAUCCAAACUAUGUCUUUUGCUCCAAAAGAUGGGCACGAAAAUCAGAUCCAAUUUACUCUGGAGCGAGGAAUUGGAGCAAUGAUUUCUUCAAUGUCGUUGAAUCAGCUACCUUUUCCAUCGAACUCCUUUGAUAUGAUUCAUUGUUCAAGGUGUCGCGUUGAUUGGCAUGAGAACGAUGGUAUCUUGAUCAAGGAGGCAGAUCGUCUCCUGCGAUCUAAUGGAUACUUUGUCUAUUCAGCUCCGCCUGCGUACAGAAAAGAUAAAGAUUUUCCAAUCAUUUGGGAUAAAUUAUCGAAUUUGACUUCAGCAAUGUGCUGGAAACUCAUUGCUCGACAGGUUCAGACAGCAAUCUGGGUUAAACAAGAAAGCAACUCGUGCCGACUGCAGAAUGCAGAGAGUAAGAUUGUAGAUGUAUGUGAUGCAGUUGACGAUUCUGGAAUUUCUUGGAAAACACCAAUGAAAGAUUGUAUAUCAUUAACUAGCGAGAAAGCUAAUACUCAGUCACUCCCCCCUAGACCACAGCGUCUUUCAGUGUAUUCAGAAAGUCUUGGUGAUAUAGGCAUUAACCAAGAGAAGUUCAAUUCAGAUUCCGUAUUUUGGCAAGAACAAACUGACCAUUAUUGGCGACUGAUGAAUGUUAACAUUAAAGAGAUCCGCAAUGUCAUGGAUAUGAAUGCUUAUUAUGGUGGAUUUGCUGCCUCACUGAGUAGGCAACCAGUGUGGGUGAUGAAUGUUGUGCCCAAAAGCUCGAACAAUACCUUGGUUGCUAUCUAUAAUCGAGGUUUACUUGGUGCUUUUCAUGAUUGGUGUGAGUCCUUCUCCACAUACCCACGAACAUACGAUUUACUGCAUGCUGCUCAUCUUUUUUCUCAUUACAAAGACCAUGGAGAAGGUUGCUUAUUGGAAGAUAUCAUGCUGGAGAUGGACCGCAUUAUUCGCCCUCAGGGUUUCAUUAUCAUACGAGAUGAGGAAUCAAUUAUUUCAAGGAUAAAAGGCCUCGCCUCAAAAUUUCUGUGGGACGCCAAAUCACACAUACUGGAAACUGAAGAAAAGAAGACUGAGCAUGUUCUAAUUUGCAGAAAAAGAUUUUGGGCGAUUGUCUGAGGCACUCUUCUUUGACAUAUCAAGGAGAUCACCCAUUACAGUGAUGAUGUAUCAUAACAACUGAAGCUUGCGAGUAACAACAACAGAACAAAACUAAAAUCCCAUUUACUUGUAACAGAAUUGAGUUGUACAACAACCAUUAUUCUUUUAGGUUCAGUUUCGUUAGUUUCUCAAUUUUCAUAAAGUUUUGCAAUUACCGUGUAAAAACAUUACAAUCAAAUGUAUGCUGUAAAUCUCUGUCCCUACAAAAAGCAAGUCUCUUUUUAUCUUUUCUGAA